GAGGCUCCGCCCCCAGCCCCGCCACGUCUCUCUCGGGCGCCGCUCCCGAUCCUGCUCUCGGUGCCGCUCCCGGUCCCGCCCCGCUCCGCCCCGCUGGGCCAUGGCGUUCACGCUCUACUCGCUGCUGCAGGCCUCCCUCCUCAUCGUCAAUGCCGUGGCCGUGCUGCACGAGGAGCGCUUUCUUCGCCACGUUGGCUGGGGAAGCGAUCAAGGGAUUGGAGGAUUUGGAGAGGAACCAGGAAUUAAAGCACAGCUGACAAACCUCAUUCGAUCAAUACGAACUGUUAUGAGACUGCCAUUAAUAGCCCUGAACUCCAUCACAAUCAUUUUCCUCCUGUUGUUCGGUUGAAGACACCCAGUAGAUAUCCUUUGGACAUCCAAAGAAGCCAGUUGCUGACCACCACUGCUCCGAGUUCCCUGGAAUCCAGCAUGGUUUAGCUGUCAAUCUGACAUUCAACUUAAAAUAAUAAAAGACACUGUUUCUAUUUAUCCCAUUUCCUAAUGUUCCCUUGCAGUUUCAUUAAGCAGGAUCACGGGAUCAAUGCAACAAUGCUGCAAACACAUUGGACUGUGACCAGUUCUGUUGCUGCCUGUUCAUAGUGUUGAUUAAUUAUUAGAGUAAAUGUCAUAGGAUGUUGCAGUGACUGGCAAUGGGCUGCAGCUUUUAAAUGCCUCGUUACUCAGGGAUGAAUUUCCUUCAGUACGCUCUCCAAUUUGUUUUUAAAUUGAGGAAAACAGCAAUCUGUUUGUUUCCAUUUCAAUUACUACCAUGGAACUGUUUAAGAGAAUAUGAAUUAGGCUCUAGAAAUGUGUUAUAAAGAAUAGUUGUUAUAAAGGAUUGAAGUCCAGCUGAGAUAUGGAGGGAGAUAAAACCAGCUGGGUAAAGUCCUGAUUCAGGUUAACAGUGAAAGCUGAAUUUUCCUUCUUUGAUUGGGGAUUUUUGUCUUCCAAGUCAGUAUUUCAUACUGAUGGUGAAGUCAGUUGAAAAUGGGUGCAAUUGCAGUGCAAAACUGAAAAAAAAAAAUAUAAAUUAAAAAUUAAGAAAAAAAAAAAGCUGUACCUAGAGCUGGGUAACUCUCUGUUAACUUUGGGGAUAUUAGUGAUUAACAUUUGUUACUUUUCUGUCAAGGAUUGUUAUUAUACUUUUUAAAAUAUGUAUUAAACUUAUGCGUGGUGAUUACUGUGGUUGAAGUGGGGAACCAUUUGUAUUCUGUGCUUCCGGGAAACAAUGCAGGGAGGUGAAUUACCCUGUGCUUUUCAAAUGCAUUUAUUUGUGAAAAAUCUGCGAAUUUGCAGCCUUUUCUGUUACUGCUCCUUCCCCUGCCCUCCAUCAUCAUCAUCAUUUGUUAAAUUAACAGCUUUAAAAGUGCAACUGUGUGUGUGUGUGUGACUUAGCAGUUCUGUCGCAGAGAAUGCUGCUAAUUGCUUUCCUACCAGGUAUCUCAUCUCAAUUAAGACUGCUGAGUUAGGUCUGAAUUGGAAAAGGUGAUUCUCUUGUAUCCUUUUAGAGAAGUUAGAAUUCUUUGUCUGUUCCUCUGCUAAAGUGUUUUCCCUUAAUUUUGAAGAGGGGAGGUCGAGGGAAACCAGUCAGUUUCAUUAUUUUAAAGCAGCUUAGUCAAUCAUCUUUUCUCCCGAUGUCUUGAUGACUAAAGCAUAUGCUGUUGUAUAUGAAGAAUCUGUAAAAUGUAAAUGCAUUUAAUCAUCUUCAAUCACAGUUUUUUGCAGAGUAAAGUACAUCCAGGAGAAGAGUUUUAUGUUUUUUUCCUUUUUUCUUAGUGAUUUUUGUAAAUAAAUCCUAAAUUUGCAAGUUAAGCACUCUCUUUCCUAACUCUCUAUCUGUGUACAGUGGGGAUAUCUCAAAACUCUGCUUCAUCCUGUUCCAAAUACCAGAGUUACUGCUCUUAUAUGAAAUACAUAAUUUUUCCCUCAUCUCUGUGGCACUUGGCAGUAUCAUGUCUCUGCUGUGGAGCUGUGUUUUGGUUUAUGUAGCAAAUCCAAUGAGACGUGGUAACACUGUCCUGAGGCAGAACAGGAUCUUCAGGAUCUUUAAAUUUUAAAACAUGUGGAUCUGUUACAAGCAAUUCCUUUACGGUGAUCUUUGUGUCAAUCAGAGGUGACGAGUGUUACAAAUACAUAUAUUGGCUUUUCACAAAAUACUGAAAUGGAUGUUAUAUAUAUAUAAUGUUAAAGUAAUUUUGCUUUAGUUUUUUAUUUCUAUUAACUGAACUUAGGCAAAGUAGUGGAAUAGCUGCUGGUUAUGCUUGAACUGCUGCUCGGUUGGGAUAACAUCCGAUGCACACAUGAUGAAGACCCCUGCUACUGAUAUGCCAACAAACACACAGCCAUUAAACUUCACUUUAUUUUCGUCUCCUAUUGCCCUUUGUUAAACUUUUAUUUUAUUAAACUUUAUUAAAAUUUUA